GGAAGCGCUGCUGCCCCUAGUGCCCGCGGCGCAGGGCUCUGCACCUGCCGCCUAGGCCCGGCCCGGGAUGCGGCGGCCGCGCCAUGGUGAAGAGCUGCAGCGCGGCGGGCUGCGCCUCCCGGUGCCUGCCGCGCUCCAAGCGACGUGGCCUCACCUUCCACGUAUUCCCUACUGAUGUGGAGACAAAAAGAAAGUGGGUGCUAGCAGUGAAGAGGCCAGGCAUUUGGGAGCCUAAGAAAGCAGAUGUGCUAUGUUCACGCCAUUUCAAGAAAUCUGACUUUGAUACAAGAGGUCCCAACAUCAAACUUAAGCCUGGAGUUGUACCUUCUAUUUUUGAAUUUCCUUCUCUCUUACAGAGUAAAGGUGAAAGAGGUCAUGGCAGAAGACAUUCUCCCCUGAAAACUUUGCCGGUGACGAUUCACAACCACCAGCUUGUGGAUGCUGCUUCUUGUACAGGGGGAUUUCAAUCUCAGCUUGUGAUGGAGCACAGUUACAGCAUAAUGGACAGUCCAAAGAAACUGAAAUGUAAAUUAGAGCAGGUAAUCAGUGAGCUUGAAGAUGCCAAGGAGAGUCUGAGGACUGCUUUAGACAGGGAUCGACAACGCAGAGAAUCACUGAAGGCAGUGAUCAAAGACCUGGAAGAUAAAGGUGUAAUCAGCCCUGAUGUAGCCUGUAAACUGGACACUUAUUGCUGGGAGUGGUAUAAGGAGGGCAUUCAGGAGAAGACUGUCUGCGGAAUUAACUGAAUAGCCAUAACCUUUUCUCAGGCUCACUGUUCAUUGUUAGACUAUUUUAGACAGAGCAUCAUCAACCUGCAGUGAAGAGGAUCAAGUAGAUCUCUGAAGUAGCCAAAAGUUUGUCCAAAGAUACCAUCUGUACAAGAUUCUCACUCCUGUGUCACAGCUGCCUUACCCAAGAUAUGAGGAGCUCCUCUGCCUUGUGGCAUUUUGGUCUCUUAGAAUUUGCUUUAAUGGCCAUGAGGUUGUGCGUGUAAAACACAAUGUAAUUUCCAAACAAUUCUUGGGUUAGAGUGGAAAGCUCCACUGCUGGGUUCGUUGACAUGUUAAGGCACCUUGAGUUUAGAUUUGAUAGUUUGGAAAAAUAAUAAUGCCCUAAUGCUAUAAAUCAAGUUUAACAGGAGGGUACUGCAAGCCAUUGAUUUUGAGUUUAGAAGGGAAGAGGACAUAUUUAGUGAGCACCUUAUGGCAAGAAGUCCAGCAUCCUCCUAUUGGUGUAAGUAGGAAAAAGGGAAAGAUUGGGCGUGCUUGUUCUUACAGAAUAGAAGAGUGUAAAGCUAGCUAAAAGAAAAAGGCAUAGCAUGCUUGGUGGAGAAGACACUAAAUAGUUUUGCAGUUUCAGCUUCUGUAGCAAAUAAUUUGCAGUCCAAAAUCGGAGUAAAUGCAAGGGUAGGAGUCACUGUUUUACAGAGUAAGCCUUUUAUUGCUUUCAGCUGUACAAAGUACAUGCAUUAUACAUUAACAGUGCUAGUGUCUUUCCUCCUGUACUGAGGACUUUCUAGGUUUAUACCCUAGGCCAUUUAGAAUCUUUUAUUCUUAAGAGGUAAGUGAAAACUUCCUUUAAAUGGAGAGCAGGAAGAGAGAUGAAGAUGCCUUGUGGCUUUCCCAAAUCAUUUUCAAACAAAAGUGUUUUAUUUAAUCCAGAAGAUACCUUUCUAUGUUUGUAAUACAGUGAUCUAUUUAUUAUGAUAUCGAGGGACAGUAAAACAGUGGAAAGAUAUUCUUAUGGGGGGACUUGGGUUUUUCUCUUAUCAUCAUCACCCACCACAUUGCCUUACAGUAUUAAAACCAUCUACAGUAUUAGAACUAGAUCAUAUAUACCUGGUAUGGAUCCUUCAGACACCUAUCUACCCACUCUGCAUAGCAGCUAUGGGCUGAGGUUCAUACUGGAGUCCCAGACCCCAGCCUUUCACUCCCUGCAUGGCUAAACAGAACAGCCAGGGCAUCAAACUGACCUUUAUUUUGUUGAGCUACUCAACAACACUGAUGAGUUUGGAAGGUUUUAACUGAAAAAGAAAGUGGCAGAAAGGAGAGGAGAGCUCUGAGCCCUUGCAGUUUCUUUCAGAAGGCUUCACAACAGCUGGCCUGGAGUUGAAAACACUAAAUAUUCCCUUUGCUUCAUGGCACUCCUUGUUCCCAACAUCGAUUUGUCUAAAGGAAAGUGGUAGGUGGAGCAUAUGUACAUAUGUGUGUGCACACAGCUUCUGCAAUGAUGGGCUACAGGAAGCAGAUGGUUCAGGUAUCUCUAGAAGAUAGGAAGAAGUAGUGAGGAAUGGCAAAUGAAGAUCUCAAAAACAACAUAGCACUGGAACAGGUUUCCUAGGCCAAUGAGUCCAGUACCUUGCACUUGCAGAGUUGUUAAAAAAUCUUCAAAUUUGUCUCUUCCAAUCGUCACCCACAACUACAAGCAGCAAUAUCCAAAACACUUCAUAGCAAGCCAUAAGUAAAAGCAAGGCAGAUAGGCAUUACCAUUGCUCUUCCUAUACCCCCACUGAACAUUUUCCAAUAAACAACAGCAAUAUUUGUGACCUGA